UUAUAUAUCUGUGGAAUAAUGUCCAGUGUUGGAGAAAGAACUCUUGUCUGUUUGAGGCAGGUGUGAAUGUUGCAAUUGGCCACCUUGAUUAGCACUGAUUAGCAUUGCAGCUUCAAAGCCUGGCUGCUUCCAGCCUGAGGGAAGCCUUUAUUGGGAGGUGUUAGCUGGCCCUGAUUGUUUCAUGUCUGGAAUUCUCCUGUUUUCUGAGUGUAGUUUUUUUAUUUACUGUCCUGAUUUUAGAGGUUUUCUUAAAAAAAUACUGGUAGCCAAAUUCUGUUCAUUUUCAAGCCUUAGACAACCCUUCACCUUCUGCUGGCUAUGAGCUGCUUCUUUCGCAAUCGUGAAAAGAAUGUCUCUCUUUGAGUGCCGUAGUUGGUUGGUUGCUGGGGGAACCGUCGUCGCGGCUUCUGAGCCCGGUUUCCAUAGCAGCGACGCCGCCGUCUCGCGUUCUCUAGUUGCUUUGAUCUUCGCGAUAGAUUGUCACAUUAGAGUUGGUGAGCGGAGGUGCAAAGAUGCUCACUCAUUUAAACAGAUGCACAACUGGCUCAGACCCCCUUCAAAGGCUUUCCUAUAGUGGUAGAAAGCAGAAGCCGGUGAUGUCUGUGCUGGAGUCUGCUCUAAGAAAAAAUAAGAGUAUUUUUGCAGGCAUUGAAGUUGUUGAGACUCUCAAUUGGCAAGGAUGGUGUCUAGGAAGAGAAUUCACAAAACACCUAACUUUGAGAAAUGUGUGUCUGAAACCCCAGAAACUAAAAUUCAGACCUCCCACUACACAUUUCUUCAUUACCAUUUUCCCCCAGCCAAUUAUUUUGAGUCCUGGCAUGUCCAUAGCUCUGCCCGUCAUCUUCCGUCCCUUGGAAAAGAAGGAAUAUGAAGACAGCAUCCUCUUUGAAAAGCAAGAGGGAGAGUUCUCUGUUGCACUUCGUGCCAAGCUACCACAUCUCGAUCUACUUUUUCCGGACAGCAUCCAACUUCCUGCCUGCGCUGUCCAUGACUAUACAGAAGCCUGUUUUACUGUGUACAAUGAUGGGGAUCUGCUGACAUGUUUUAGCUGGGAGGCACCAAGCCCUUUCUCUCUUCUGCCUACCCGUGGCAUAUUGGAUCCAGGAGAAAAGUGCACAGUGAAGGUGAUCUUUCAACCUGUGGUGGCGCUUGUAUAUGAUGUAUCAGCAAUUUGCAAUUUUGGAGACCCUUGCGAGAAGAAGGCCAUCAGGCUCAAAGCUGUUGCUAAAUAUCCCCACCUGCUGGUGAAUGUGCCUGAAGACUCUUUUGAAGAUGCUCGGUUAAAAAGUUUCCAGGAUGUGCUCUCUUUUGGGUCUGUUGCUGUUGGAAAAACUGUGGAAAAAUGUGUGCAGAUCUUCAAUGUGUCUGUGGUCAGGGCCCCAUUUACCGUUAACAGACCAAAAGAAGGGGCAUAUCGUGAUAAUGUAUUUUCCUGUGAUGUUAUCCAAGCCACUGCUCCAGCUCGUGGGGCCUCAGUUAUCCCUUUUCAGUUCACCCCACAUACUGUGGGUCUGAAGAGCGUGGACUACUUCACUGUUAUGCCAUCUGGGAACAACACACGGUCUGUUCUAAAAGUGACCGGAUCAUGCAAAGGUCCUCAGGUUUCUUUUCAGCAUCCCCUUGUCUACUUCAGCUGCAUUAAUCUUGGGGAAUACUUAAUACAGCCUUUAGAGAUGACCAACACCUCUGAUGUCCCUGCCUACUAUCAGUUUGACAUUGACUGCAAGCAAAGUGUCUUUUCCAUUGACUGUCCUUGUGGGAUCUUGGAUGGAUUGUCCACUAUCACACUGAAGGUGACAUUCCAGCCCACCCACCCAAUAAUUUGCCAUCGGCGAGUGGCUUGCCUUAUUCAUCACCAGGAUCCUUUAUUCCUAGAUUUGAUUGGGACCUGUCAUACAGAGACAAUGAACCCACUUAUUCUGACACUGAAGCACCUUACCAAAUUCAGGACGCACAUGGCCAGAGGACUGACUUUUUUCCCACCAGACAUCCUCUGCACUAUGCUGAAGGAAGGCAAGCUUUUGAUGGAUGAAAAUGGAGCUCUCACACUCCCACCAGAGAUUCUGGAAGACAAACCCCCAGAGGAAUACCCUAACAUUGAGCCCAUGGUUGAAUAUUUCCAUGAUGGUGUAAGCAGUGAUUUUGCCAUGUUUCCUCCCCAUGUCAGCCUUAGUGUUAAGGAGUUUGAUUUUGGCUGUUGUGCAAAACUUGAAGAGAUUGAGCCACUUCCUCUGAGCGUGACUAACCACACAAAAGGAAAGGUCACUGUGAUAUGGACAAAGAAGCCAAGCAGUCCUUUCCAGGCAAUCCCAGAGAGUUCUGACAUCCCACCUCUGAAGACGAUGGCAUUCCGCAUCACCUUCCAGCCUACUCAGCUCAAUUCCCUGUAUACAGCUGAACUAGAAGGCUUUGCCUUCUACAAGGUACUGCGCAACUACAACAAUAUUGAGGAGUCAGUCACUAUGUGCCCAUCGUGGAGCUUGACCAUCCGCUUGUGUGGACACACUUUUGAACCUGGUCUGCAGCACUUAAUCCCACGGUACACCAUGGACUACCAUGAGGUCUUCCCUCCAGUAUGCCGGAACACUACUACAUACCGCAGCAUACUGCUCUGCAAUGUGGGCUGUACUGCGGUACAUUUCCACAUGGACAGGGAAAAGUGCCCUGCUGUCUUGGUCAAGCCCAACUGUGCAUCUGUUGCACCUGGAAGCCAUCAGAUCUUUCUUCUCUCAACCUGUCCAGUGGACACUGUCACGCAGCACCACAUCUUGUCUUUGGUUCCCAAUUACUGCUCCUCAUUCACUAAGGAGAUCCACCUUAAGAGUAGGGCCGAGCCCCUAGUCCUCCUCUUAGAAAGUGAUGGCAACCUGUACUUCAAACCUACCUGUGUGGGCACCUUUUCCUCACGAACCUUCACCAUCAAAAACUGCACCCGCUUGCCCAUGCUCUUCAGGUGGAAAAUUCAGCAGUUGGACAAAAGGUUCCUGUCUGUCCAGCCUGCUGAGGGGACAAUAUUGCCCAAUGAAGCUUUGGCCCAAACCUGGACUUUCACUCCUAGUGAGCAGACCAAAUAUCUUCUGCGAAGUUGGGUUACAGUGUGGAGAGAACAAGAUCUACCAAAUAACAAGACCUUCGAGAGCACUCGCUACAUGCUGCGGAUGAUUGGGGAGGGAUCAUUUGGCACUUUAACGGCACAAGAAGAACAGGUGGAUGUUGGCAACAUCCUGGUUGGCAGCACACAGUCCUGUGAAGUGACAUUAUUUAAUAGUGGGGCCUGCUCCUUACAGUAUGUUCUCAACGUGGAGCAGAUGAUCACAGGACCAUGUGACCCUGAAGAAGUUGCCAGUGACCCCUUAGCAAUCACUUUGGACCACUACAAAGGGAUAGUUGCUGCUCGGGGUAAGAUCUUUUUGCGAGCAACUCUUAAACCAGCCCGGCAACUGCACUACUCCUGGACAAUCAGUUAUGUUAUUCCUACUCCCAUCGCCACAACACUUGGGGAAAAGCGAUCAGUUUGCUGUGUAACAGCAUCAGGCAUCUAUCCGUCUAUCUGUAUCACUGAUGCUUGUAGCACAGGCAGUGCUUGUGGUAUCAGCAAGCUGCACCUCUGGAGACUUUUUUCUUUGGAUACUCUGAACCAGUACCUGGAGCGAGAUCCAACACCCCAGGAGCUCACUUUUAGAGUCCCUACAAGGCACAGUGUUGAGCGGAUCCCCCCAGUCUACACUCCUGUCAUGCUGGAUUUCAACUUUGGGGCAGCUCCUGUUGGCAGUGCCCCUUCUGUGGUUGUGCUGAUGCUGCAGAAUAAUGGGACGAUACCUGUGAACUGGGCCUUUCUGUUUCCUUCUGACCAGAAGAUUGAUAUAGAAUACUGGGCAGAAAGUGCAGAGUUUGACCCCAGUGAGCUGCACCAGAUGCGGAUUCAGGAUAACCAGCUUUUUACUGUCUCUCCCAAAUCAAGAAAGCUUCUUCCCGGUGAAGAGCAAACCAUACACUUAUCCCACAGACAUGAUUUCAUUGGCACCGACCGGCUUCCAGUCUUGCUGAAGGUUUCUCAUGGUCGAGAAAUUCUGCUGAAUUUCAUUGGUGUGACACUGAAACCGGAGUGCCGCUACAUUCACUUCACUUCAACCAAACAUAUAUUCACACCCAUUGCUAUUGGCACCUAUGACCCUCCCAAACAGAUCUAUGAACUGUACAAUGGAGGUUCCACAACUGCUGUGUAUGAAAUCCAGGUGGAUGCUCUGACGAAAGUACAAGAGGAGAAUUACCAGCAUGCAGUGUUUAGCUGUCUGAAUCCAAGAGGAGAGAUUGGUCCAGGCUUAACAGCUCACACUGAAUGGAUAUUUUCUCCAUUGGAAGCAAAAAUGUACUCGGUGGAGGUGCCCAUUCACAUCCUUGAAGGGGACUCUGCUCUGAUUACCUUCCAAGGAAUAGGUUUUGAUCCCUCUGUUAUGGGAGAGACAGCACAGUUUGACAAAGUGGUGUCCUCUACAAUACCACCAGUCUCUGCCAAAUUAACAGUGCCUGGUCUGACAGUGUACUUAUCACAGCCUCGGAUUUGUCUUGGCAACAUCCCAGUCUAUGGCAAAUGCAGCCGCCUUUUCUUUCUCAACAAUGCCUCUGAAAAUGAGGCUAUAAUUUUUGCCUGGCGUACUGGCACUUCAAAUGCAAUGGUGGUAUUGAACAUUACUCCAGAAAGUGGAGUUGUGCAAGCAGGAGAGAGCAUCCAGUGUGUUCUCACACUACAUGCCAGUGAGAGGCCAUGCUUCUACAAUGUGGAUUUGAUCUGUGAGAUUUUUACUCAGCACCCAAUAGAUCAGUAUGAGAAGGAGCUGAAGGAAUGGGAAAAUGAGAAGGCACGGCAGGCUGUGGAGUUCACCAUUACAGAAAAAGACUUAAACACAAAGAAGAAUAGAAAAGAACCCUCAAAGAGGGCUUCAAACUGCCAGGAAUCAGAAAAGGUUUCUAAGGUGCUUUCAGAGAUCAGGAAAUACAAGACUCUUCCCCCCAUUAAGAACCCUCAGGUACCUCACCCCCCUGUCAGCCGAAGUGAAAGGAGGCUCUUAAAGGACAAAAAGGCCAGCAGGUUGUGGGCCAAGCCAGACCCCCCAAAGCCCUACCUCAUGCAUUUAGGGGUUACAGCAAGGUCUCAUCCAAUUGAUGAUUUCUUGGCCACCUACUCUGAUGACUUUCCCCAGUAUUUCCUCUUCCGUCAGAUUAAGAGUAAGGCAGCAAGAACCAAUGCAACAGAUACAGCAUCUUUAGGGAGAAGCAAAAUCAAAAGAUGUCCCACAAAAGUUAGAAGCUGGUCAGAACUAGGAAGCUACACAGAAGAGGAGGCCCAGCUGGUAACAGACAUGCUGUCUAUUGUGAUCAAAGGUUUGUUGGAGGAGACCCAGUUUCAAGAAGCAGUGACCAGAAGCCUUGUGGAGCCCAUUCCCUACUUCUGUCAGUUCUGGAGUGAAGAAUCAGCCAAACAGAGGCACAGUCCUGGGGACACCUCCAUAACAUCUCCUCCCCUUGUAUGUAGCCCAAAGGGCAGACUAGAAAGUGAAGACUUCAGAGGAGAGGCCUCACCUGCAGGGACUUUGGAUCUUCAGGAAAGUCUAAGUGUAAUUAUUCGCAAGGAACAGUUCCGUGAGCAGAAGGAAUGCAUGAUCAGGAUGCCAGCUUUUGCAAAUCUGACUGAGAUGGUGCUGGACAACACCAUCCAGAACAUUUUGGUGGAAGCCAGUCGUGGUGAAGUGGUGCUAACGGCACGGCCCAGGGUUAUUGCACUUCCUCCUCCUUACUCUCAGAAAGGUAUCAAUCCCAUCAUUUUGACGAACAAACCAUCUAUGGUCCAGCUUUCUGUGGCACCAUCAAUCAGUGCCUUGAGUGAAAUCAAGGACUCCGGAGAGCAGCGGCACAUUAUUCUGCCUCCUUAGGACUUGAAGGAACAUUGAUGCCACCUUCACAGGUGAUCUGUGGCUGAGUAAUGAAAAUAAUAUUAAAUAAUAAAUUUAAUUUGUUCCCGGCCUCUCCUCACAGCUCGAGGUGGGGUGCCACACAGUCAAAACAAUUAAAUGCAUAUACUUUGAAAUAUAUAUAUUAAAAUACAGUAUAUGAUACAAAGAUUAAAAUACAAUUCAAAUAUAAUGUACAUUUAAAAUUCAUGGCUUAAAAUUGACUCGGUAGGCUUGCCAGAAGAGUGGGGUCUUUAGUUGUGUUUUACAUUCGGACAGCUCAUUUAGCUAUCCAAGCUCUUCUGGAAGGUUGUUACAUAUUUUGGGGCAGCUGAUGAAAAGAUCUUCUGCAUGACAGUCCCAGUGGGGUUCUGGAUGAUUGGAGUAGCUGCCCCUCAGAGGACCUCGAUGUUUGGGGUGGAUUGUACAGGAGAAGGAGAUCCUGUUGGUAACAUGGACCCAAACCAUGUAGGGCUUUAAAGGUUAAACCCAACACUUUGUACUUGACCUGGAAACUAAUGGUCAACUAGUGGAGUUACUUUAGUAUGGGUGUGAUGUGCUCACUCCUGUAACUAGUCUGGCUGCUAUGUUUUGAAUCAAUUAGAAUUUCUCAAGUUGGUUCAGUUAGCCCAAUGUAAAACGCAUUGCAGAAGUCCAACCUUCAGGUUACCAGUGCAUGCACUACCAUAUUGCAAAUCUAGGAAGGGGUUCAAUUGGUGUAUCAGCUGAAGCUGGUAGUAAGCACUCCUGAGUGUUACAUAUACCUAGGCUGACUAUUGGAGAGACGGAUCCAGGAGCGCUCCCAAACUGUAAACACAGUCUUUUGGGGGGGAGCAUAACCCCAUCCAGAGCUGUUUGACAUACCUCCAAUGCUAGAUUAAGACACUUAAUGGUAAGCACAUCUGUCUUAUCUGGAUUCAGUUUCAAUUUAUUUUUCUUCAUCCAGUCCAUUAUUUCCUCCAGUCAUUCAUUCAGAGGAGCACACUAUCCUUAGCUAAGGCUGUUUUUGAAGUUACAUAGAAAAAUAUUUGGGUAUUAUUGGCAUACUGAUGAUCUCUCUCAGCAAUUUCAUGCAAAUGUUAAAAAAACAUUGGGGAUAAAAUGGUACCUUGUUGGAUGCCACAUAACAGCUGCUUUUUUGAGGAGCAGCUAUCCUUAAGCACCAACAUCUGGAACCUCCCAGAACAGUAUGACCAGAACCACUGCAACACAGUGCUUCCGAUUCCCAAAUUCCCCAGGCAUUCCCGAAGGAUACCAUGGUCGAUGGUAUCGAAGGCUGCUGAGAAAUCUAGAAGCACCAAAAGGGACACUUACCCCUUGUCAGGGCUAAGAUGGAGAUCAUCUAGUGAGGCAACCAUAACAGUUUCAAUUCUGUAUCCUACUCUGAAGGUGAUUUGAAAUGGGUCAAGAGAGUGUGUAUCAUCCAAGACUGCCUGUUGGAGGGCAACUGCCUUCUGAAUCACCUCCCCCCCCCCCAAAAAAAAUGAAGAUUAGACACUAGUUUGCAAUUUUUAAUGUCCGGGGGAUCCAGGGAGAACUUUUUCAGCAGCUUUUAAAUAGGAUGAAAAAUGUCCUUCCUGGAGGGAUGUAUUGAUAAUUUUUUGCAGUUGGGAUCAAAUUGCACCUUUUCCCUGGAUGAAGGGCCAAGAAGGGAAUCAUGAAAACAGGUUGCCCUCCUUACUUGCUCCAGAAUCAUGUCCACAUCAUCAGCAGUAUUCACUAACUGAAAUUGAUACAGUGUAGUCCCACUCACAAGAAUUUCUGGACACACAAUUUUUGACUUCUGCUCCAAUGUUGGCGUCUAAGUCUGCUCUUAUGUGAAAGAUUUAAUCUGUAAAAUAAUAAUUAAAGCUAUCACAGUGAGCUACUGAAGGUUCGAAUAGUGUCAAACCUCUCACUACUCUGAACAGCUCAGCUGGACAUGAGUCUGCAGAUGCAAUACGUGCAGAGAAGAAAGCUUUGUUUGCUGCAUGUACUGCCACCGUAUAGAAGAUGUUGCAUAGAAGAUGAGUUUUCCACCAUCUGUACUCUAGUCAUAAUCUUUCCUGUUUCAUUUCCCAAAGAGUCUGCAUAUAACAGGGAGCCUGAUUAAUGAUGGGUCGGAGAGAACAUUUUGGAGUGACCAUGUCAAUAGCCCUGGUUAUAUUUGGAUCCCACUUACUGACCAAGGAUUCAACAGGAUUGUUGGUGAUACCAACUGUAUAGCCCCCUAAGGCCUCCUGGAAUCUCAAAAGAUCUAUUAGCCUUCAAGGGCGAAUCAUUUUAGUGCCUGUAACUGUGAUACUAGCCCUGACCAGAAAUUGAUCUGUCCAUGAAAACUUUGAGGUAUUGGUCACCUCCACCCACAGAUCCGUAUAUUCUGAACUGAAAAUCCCAUCAAGAGUUUGACCUGCUGAGUGCAUAGGUUCAAAAACCAAUUGGAAUAGGCCUGUGUUUGUGAUGGAUACCAUUAACUCCUGAACUGCACCUGACAAACUGGCUUCCAGUAUUAUGUUGAAGUUGCCCAGAAGCCAAAGUCUGGAUGACUCUAACACCAUCUCCAAGUCCGGUGCCGUGAGCUCAGCCAAGGAGUAUGUUAGACAGUGAGUGGACGGUACACUAACAGAAUCCCCAGUCUAUCCCUGGUUUUCAGACUCAGAUACACACACUCAAUGGGAUUGAGCUCCCUAGUAGAUAAUUUGGUCAGGUUAUGUUGGUCUUUAUAGACUACAGCUACCCCAUUCCCCACCCACUUUCCCUUACAUUCUCACUAACACAGUACCUGGUUGGGAGGGCCUGAACCCACUAUCACUUCUCAGCCAAGUUUCUGUGAAGCAUAGCAAGUCAGCUCCUUCAUCUUUGAAGAGAUCAUAGGCGAAGUGUGCUUUAUUUUUAACUGACCUGAAGAACAAGGUGUGGUUUUGUGGGUGGCCUGGCUCAUGGUCCAAGGUACCAAGGCUGGCAGGGUGACUAUAAGAUGAGAUAGAUACUAAACACCUUUCUCUCCUUCCUCUAUAAGGACAGGUGACCCUGCCAUCACCAUAUCUCCCUUUGCCCCAUACAAUUUGUAUUUUCACCUCAGUUUUGUUAUACGUUCUAUUAAAACAGUAAACAACUAAGACAAAAGCCAGGAAAAUGCAAACAAUAAGACAGUAAUAAUAACACAAUACCCCCUACCAGUCCAUGUGCGUGCUUCCCAUGACAUAAACAGGCCGAUUCAUUGGCUGGUCCGUCAGAGCCCUACUCCCACUAGGGUGCUGCUUUGUAGCCAACUAGAUAGGUCUGGGUGGCCCUCUCCCCACUACGAAGCUGUUCAGCUAGCACCGCAAGCUACUGCAUCAGUCCCAAAGCAGCCAGCAUCCACCCAAAUGAACUGAUAGGGUUUCAGCUACAUGACAGUACAUGACACACAGCACGAUUAAAAGAGAAUAAGUGUUUAUCUACUGUUUGACUGGUAGGGUCCAGCAGGCAAGCAACAGCAGCAGAAGGACUGGGUGGCAAAAUUGAUUUCUUUUUGGGCUUCUUUGCCAGCAGCAACUUUAAUCCCCAUGUGAUUCACAACCACACUGGGAAGCUGCAUCCACAGAGGUGGCUCAAAAGAAAGAUGACUUUCAGCAAAAUAUUACAUGUUUUUCCUCAUAUAAGGGGCAGGGUGAUAGUGGCAGGGGUCUGAUCCCUUCAUCUUCAGAAUAUAAUUGUUUUUCAGUUGUACCAUAUGUGAGAGAGUAUAAGGCUUUCCAAAUAAGAUGACUGUGCUAUCAUCCCUGCAAACUUUUGUGUUAUUUUACACACUCCUAUUUCCCAUCGGCAGGGGGCAAUCUUGGCUUCUAUUUUGCUUUCUGCAUGGUUCAGCAGGGGGAUUGUAUGCUUUCUUUGAGAGUACAUGAAUAAUGAAAUAAGGCAGCCAGCAACAAGGACCAUACUGAAGUGAACACCAAUAAUGGAGAUCCAGACAAUACAUGCUUGCAGCUAAGCUGACUGGAAUGGCUGCCAUGUGACCACUUUAGAAACGGUAUUAGUGGAAGGAUAUUUUUCACUCAUACUUUUCCAGCAGCCAGAGUUUUUAAGAUAGUGAAUAAAAUGGUCAAAGAAGAAGGCUGGAUGCAUAUAACUCACAUAUAAUUCACUACAUAAGGCCAGGCAUUUGAUCUCAAGUACUAAGCUAAGAGUUUCUGAAGCUGUCACCAGUUCCUGAUGUAGAGUUUGAAAAGACACACAUACACUUCAUUCUCAAAUUGUCUCCUACAUAGAUCACUUUUAAGAGCAGUUGAGGAUCCGGUCAUUGAAUGUUUGGAGUCUUAUGCAAAUCCAGCAACAACUUUUAAUUUGCAUUACUUUUUAAUAAUAUAAUAACUUUAUUCUUAUAUCCUGCCCCAUCUCCCUGAAGGUACUCGGGCGGCUUACAUUACUUGCCCAGUAAUGCAACAAUAAAAUACAAUAACAUAAGAUACAUUCAGUUACAAUGAAUUAAUAUAUAAAAACAGAUAAAAAUCACAAAAGCAUAAACUCAACAACUUUUAGUGUGUUUUUGUUAUGAUUAGUCUGUUAGGUUUUGAUACUGCUGUUUAUGUAUUACGUUUUUAUUUUUGCCUGGUUUUUGUAUUGUGUUUUAUUUUCGGUUAGGUUUUUGAGAUUGUAGUUUAUGUAUCAUGUUUUAUUUCUGUGUUUUUGUACUGUGUUUUAUCUCCUGUAAGCUGUCCUCUGUUUGGAGAGGGGGCAGGAUAUAAAUAAAUAAAGUUUAGUAAUUGUUA